CGGAAAUCCUGGAUGGAUCUUCUUUUCCUGUUUGGUGUUCGUCUGAAUCACGCGAGAGGGCAGCACGCAUUCAUCUCCGACACUGGUAUAUGAUUUUCAAUCAAGGGUGGAUUAUUUAGUAUAGCAUUCGCAAUUUGAAAAUUAACAAAUUUUCAUUUUCCCCUUAUUUCAAAGCGUUACAAUUCGAUUCAAAAGACGAGACUAAAGUUUCAAUUGUAAAUGUGACGUUUUUAAAAAAAAAAAAAAAUCUUUUAUAAUGGGUGUCGUUCAGAGCAACCAAAAGCAGAGCGAUCAGAAUUCCGAAUGGUUCGUUUUUAGAAAAUGGAAUUUGUUUUGUCGCGGUUACGUCAACGCAUCGAGCGAAGAAAGAAAGGGAGAUCUUGCAGCCUCGAAGAAUGCCACGUAAUGAUGCUGCACAUCCGGGAGGACGACUGAAAUGACGUCGUGCCCCUCCACUUCAAUAAGUCCGUUCCCUUCUUCUUCCGUCUCUUUCUUCCCUAUCUCAUUUUUCACCUCUGUAUUUCAUCCACCGUUUAUGCCAAUUAUUUCGACUUUCCACCAUUUUUCUCCUCUCUGUUUCAACACUUUUGCUCCUGUUCAAUUAUCUCAGCACCGUUCCCCCCUUUCUUUUCUUUGAAAGAUUUCUGUGUUCUUGAACUUUGAUUUUCCUUCGUUUUAUCGGUUUCUCUCACCGCGACUAUGGUGAUUGCUGUUGAAAUUAGACAGAGGUGAGAGAUGCAAUGGCGUAAUUGCUCGAGAGCAUAGAAUGGAGAUGAAGAAAAGAGAAGGAGCGGUGUGGAUCCCGACACGGCUUUUCGACAUCCAUUCCCAUGCUUCGCUACCGUUGAAAUACGGGUCAUGGAAAUGACUAAUUUUUCAAUUAGAUAUUUUCAAACGUUUCCUCAGAAUCCGUCUUCAGGAACGCAAAGAGAAUUUGAAAUAAUAUUAGUUUAAUUUCGUGUUACACAAGAAACUCUAUAAAGAAAAGAUUACGCCUUAAUUUCUUAAUCUCCAUAUCGAUGACGAGUUAAGCAUGACUUCAUCGAUAGAUUAUUAAAAGUGUCUGCAUCCGAAAAUUGAUAUGGGAAUUUUUUUUUUAUAUCUUAAGUGAUAAAAGAUUUCUACUUCCAAUCAACACGUGAAAACAUUCUUAUUACGUAUUAUUAAUAUUGAAUAACAAUUUGUAAAUCAAUUUAUUGCUUUUGUUAAUGUAUCAAGAAUACUGAUAAUCAAAGUACUGAUAAAUGAUUAGUACUAUGUAAUGUCCCAUAAAUAUCGUUUAAAUAAUUUAAUUGCAAGAAAGGACUGUAUGCAAAUGUGUACUUUUUUAAUCCACUGUAUUUUUAUCGAAAGGCUGAUAGAUGACCGUAGAGACGUCUUUAUGCAAAUUUCUCUAAGGAAAUAAAACAGGCUGCAGAUAUACUCGUUUGCGUCACUCAAAGUAAAAGAUUAUUCAUUUGUAUCGAAACAAAACGAAGAAGUAUUUAAUUGAACAAAUAAGAAUCGAAAGACAAAGGAAGGAGAAAUGAUUUUUUGGAGAUUGUCACAGUAUCAAUUCGUUAUCUCUUAUCAGCUUAUCAGAAUUAUUCGAUUCGAUUACUUCCAGUUUGGUUUCAUGAUCUAACGUUUCUACCGGAACGUCGCAUUCCUCUUUGUCUAUAAAAAUAUAAUUUUUUUUUUUCCGGUUCAACUAAGCCGGAUCCUUUUCCUUGAAUUACUUUCUUAUCAUUUUGUUAUCAUCCUCGUGACUCAUAUGUGCUGUGUUGUUCUUCCGACUAAUUGUAAACUUCCAACGUACUGAAUCUUUGUAAUUUAAACGUUUCAUACGCAAUAGUUUAUUCAACUACCCUUGUUCGUAUGUAAGAGGUUAGUUUUUCUUUCACAAAAAAGCAUCGCUUCUUUUUGUGAAAUGUAAAAAACGUAAAUGUAAAUGUAAACACAGAAUUCUUGAAUCAUCUUGAAGUAUACAUACUAUUAUACGCUUUCAUAGACGCGCAAUGUUUAAGCCGCUAGCUUUUUAAAUGGCGCGCCAAUUUUACUAUCGAUGAUUCAAAUAAAAAGCGGCAUAUUUAAACGCAAUAACCUCAAAUAAUUAGGAAACAAAUGACACAGCUGCAUUUCAAGUGACUUAUUUGAAACUGAUCAAAUAAAUAAAAAAAAGUUGAAUAACAGACGUUUCUGUCGAUCGAAAAGAAAUGAAAAGAAAAGAAAAAAAAAGGAAUGCUUCGACCUCGAGGAGACAUUUGAACUCGCAAAGAAGCAGGUCCGCGUCGACAGUCAGAAUCGCGAUUACGAGGAAGCUACGAGGAAGUCGGUAAAGCCCCCCACCAUCGUUCCAUGGUAUUUCCCACUCGAUUACAACGCUUCGAUUAUUUCCGUUCGCGCCGUAUAAUCGGCCAUCUAUCCAUCCUCGUUCGACCCGUUGAACGGGUACGAUCCGGUGGUCCAUUUGUCUCCGUUCUGCGAACGCGUAAUACGGCGCGGUUAUCCGCGCAUGCGCGCUGCCACGAGACCGUCGGGAAGAGUGGGGGGUGUGGCGGCAAGCUUCCAGCGGAGAGCGCGACUCGCGGCUCAGUCGUUCGCCAGCCCCGAGAGAGAGUGGCUUUGUUUUAUCGUAUAUACGAAUCGUGUGACUUUCAAACACCAACUCGAGACAAAUCGAAUGGUGUCCGAGGUGAAAGGAGAUCCGUUUCGUGUUCCGCGUCCUCCUCGAAUCCGUCUGCUUUACCCCUUUACGAACCUCUAAUAACCUCGUCUCGAUAAGAGACUCUCAACCGAGAGAGAGAGAGAGAGAGAGAGAGAAAGAGAGAGACAGAAGAGGAGAGUGUAUUCGAGUGGUGCCGACUGUGUGAUACACUUAACCGCGUAGAUAGACUCUGUGAUAUACGCGUACAUACACAUACACACAUGGAUAUUUCGAUACCUCUGGACUUUUCUCAUAACGGGGAUACUGUUAUGCUGAUAUCCGUAUAAAGAUAUCUGAACCUUUAACCGUUCAUCGCGGAUGUACGUUGUGUGCAAAAGAUAAUAACGUAAACUACACAUGAUUAUUACGAGAUAUUUAGAGUGGAUGUAUAAAUAAAUCCGCGUAUAGAAGAGGUGGAGAAGAGAAGUAAAAUAAUAGGGAAAGAGAUAAGAAGAGGCGGAAGAAAAGAUACACGUGCGCGUGGUCGGUCGGUGUCUCGAGGAUACCUGUGGAUGCCAGCCUGGACUCGCGACGUAUUAGGGCGCGGAUUUCUGCCCGAUGACCGACGACGAGAUUCGUUACUACUUGCUAGCCGAUCUCCAACACUGAUAUUACGCCGCGUCGGACGGUUUAUCGGCUAAGCCGCAAUUGAGAAAAGAGAAGAGACAAAACAAGGCGUGUUAUGAAAUUGUUGCCGUCGAUCCAGCUGCCACAAUUACCGCCGGUUUCGACCGGGGGUGGAGUGACGGGUAUGGAGUCUCGACUGCCACCGGGUAUAUCUUUGCCUUUCAGCCCUACAGAAUUACUUUGGCGAUACAGCCCCGCCAUGAAUUUUCCACCCUCUCACCCAUCACCCAGCCCCUUUCUCGACUUCAAGACGCACUUGCCGACAAGCCUAGCUUCGGAUCCAAGGUUGUGGUCCCGCGAGGAUGUGGCGACGUUUCUGCGAUGGGCUGAGAGGGAAUUCGACUUGCCGAAAUUCGACAUGGACAUGUUCCAAAUGAAUGGCAAAGCGCUUUGCCUGUUGACAAAAGCCGAUCUGGGAGAAAGAUGCCCAGGCGCCGGCGACGUGUUGCACAAUGUGCUCUCGAUGCUUGCUAGAGACUUUAAUCAAUUCCAAAGGUAUCUUCCGAGUAGCCCGGUGACACCCACAAGACCGUCCGCUUAUCCUCUCAGUCCUCACUCUCAUCCUCCGACCCCAACUUGGACGGAGAAUUCGUACACCGCGAACUUGGCUUCGUUAAUGUCUGCGAAUUCGGUCACCUUAUCGCCAGCGCCGUCGGUCGAUAGUCAAGCUGGUUCACCGGGGCACAUGGAGAACAAUCAAAGUCAGGUUUACAAGAGCGAUUCCGACGAGGAUAAUCAACAAGCGGCAACCGGAAGUCCCCCAGCUACACCGACAGCUCUAGCCGCGCAAAGGUUAAGCGAAGUUUGCGUUAAGGAUCAGCUCAGUCCUACGCUAACGCAACCGAUGAUGCCUUUGACGCCCGGUGCCUUCAGAACCAACACCAGCAACGUUGCCAGAGAAUUUUUCCCUAAUGAUUCACCAGAACCUAACACCAACGGUAGACUUCUGUGGGACUUCCUUCAGCAAUUAUUAAACGACCCAUCGCAACGAUACACGCACUAUAUCGCGUGGAAGAAUAGGGAAAUGGGUGUGUUCAAAAUCGUCGAUCCUCCUGGACUGGCGAGACUCUGGGGCAUCCAGAAGAAUCACCUUUCAAUGAAUUACGAUAAAAUGAGCCGAGCUCUUCGAUACUAUUAUCGCGUGAAUAUUUUACGAAAGGUCCAAGGAGAACGACACUGUUACCAGUUUCUGCGAAACCCAACCGAGCUGAAGAACAUAAAGAACAUAUCUUUGCUGCGUCAGCAAAUGCGGAUAAAAUUAGAACCGGAAGAAGAAGGCGGAAACGGCGUCGAGCCGGAAACCGAUAUGCCGACAGACCUUUCGAUGUCUAGCAUGAGUCAGCCAUCUAAUGAGCAACAACAGCAAUCCCAGCAACAGCCGUCGCAACAGCAACAACCGCUACCUCUUCACGAUCCACCCGCAAAAUACAGAAGUCACGCGUAUAAUCUGGUUAAAACUAAUCAGGAGUCGGAAGAGAAGAAGUGACGCGAGACGUAACGUUAUUUCAACUACGUAUUUGUGUCUCUGAUAAAAUGGAUUCUUUGUUCACAGCACAUGCUUGCUUGUGACCGUGCUUGUAGAAAGGUAUCCGUAAAGAUUAUGUUUAUAAAAACAUUCGUUACCAACGACGUAACAGGAUUUGUGAGAAAGCCGCCGAGUCAUCGACAAAUACAGAUGAUAGAAGACUGAUAAAACAGCAUAUUCUACCAGUUAACAGAAUAUCAAUCCACCAAGAAGAAUAUCUUGGUAUGUUCGGUAGGAUACUGGCUUGUUUUAGAUCAUAAAAUCCAUCAUCAGUGGUGGUCGGUUUUUCAACCGUGAACAAUGUCCAAUUGUUGACCGAUUACGAAUCUACUUAACGAUCGGAUAAUCAAUUUACCCGCGCUUCGAAUCGUUAGAUGAUUGGUCACCUAUUCGAUCUCGUCGUGAGAGAAGUAAGGAGCCAGUUGUCGUGUUGAAAAUUGUGAAGGACGCUUCGAUGAAGCUAAAACUUUCGCGGAUAUUCCGCCGUCUGUUCUCCAUCCUUCGUGUUUUAACGCACGUGCGCGAGUGUGGAACGUUUCUCGCUUCUACAACGAACUAAUUUAGAAAAGAAAGAAAAAGGCUUGGGAUUUAGGCUCGUUAUCGACGAACGUACAAAAAUCGGUGUUCGGGAAACAGAUCCGAAGGUAUUUUAUUCCAAAGUUGUUCUGUGAUGUAAAAUUUAGCUCAAAGAUGAAUUCUCCGGAGUUAAAAUAUGCUUAGUUGUUAAUGAGGGAUGAAAUUCUAUUUUUUUUUUUCUUCUUUUUAUUAUUAUUAUUUGAAAUGUGAAACUCUAAACAAAAUUAAUGUAAUAUAAAGUAAUAUUAGUUCAAAGGAUCUACUUUUAUUUUAAAAGAAAGAAAGAAAAGGAAGAUCCAGCCCUGUAAAUACUUGAAUUUGAUAAAACUUAACCAGUUUCCCGUCGCACCCACUCAAUUGUGCCAAUCUACUCGUCGAUAAUUACAUAUACGUAUGCGUUUAGCCGAGUAAUCUGUAUAAAUGGAAAGAAAACACGUAAUGAUCGUUUUGAAACUAUCGAAACGACUGUAAGGAUUGUUCGUAUACCUGUAAAUAAGUUGAUAAUUACUAAGGAAAAAAUAAUAAUAAGGAGAUAUAAUGAACUCUAUUAAAUAGGAGAAAAUAUGAAAGAGUUUUAUGGAAUUUGGGGCCAGAGUUAUAUAUGUAUAUAUAUAUAUGCAUAUACACAUAUAAUGAAUAUAAAUUUAUGUAUAAAUAAAUCUCUAUAUAUAUUAUAUAUAUAUAUUUUACUACCGAAGAGAAAUUUAUAUUCAAAAUUUCUAUGUUCGUUGUCGUUGCGAUUGUGGCUCACAUUCUUCGCCAAUGGAUCCUAGACUUUUCAAGGAAAGAAAGGGAACAGGGACCGAAGGCGUGUGUUUGCGUGUACGAUUAGAAAAAGGUUCUAAGAUCGUAUUUUUUCAAAAAAAUCGGUGCACAAGAAGGAAAGAAAGUAACGAAAUAUUGUUAGGAAUAUAAAGGAAAUAGAAAUGAAGAAACCAGUGACAGAGUGAGAGAAAGAUGCGUAUAUAUGAGCGAGUGAGAGAAUAAAAGCGCGAAUUGAUUAGUGCAUUAGAGAAGAAGAGAUUUAUACUUUAAAUGAAAAGAAAAAAAAAAUCGUAUUUGGCUAUUUGUAUACUGUGAUCUCCGUGAAAUUUUUAUAGUAACAAAUGCGGAUGCAUAGAAAAACUUUUGUUUCGUGUAUAUAGUUUCAUAAAAGAAUGAUUUAUAUUAAUGAUAAAUACAUAUAUAUAAUGAAAAAAAAAAAGAUAAAAAACAAUACGUACACAAA